CAGAGAUGCCAUUACUACUGUCUUAAUUGGUUUGUGAUCUUGUCAUCAUCAUCAGAUUUCUUCCUCUCUUCUGAAAUAUUCUUUUAUUCUUUUUGUGGCGAUUCAUAAGAGCUGGUACUUCUCUAAGAGCUAGCACCUUUACCAAGAUCAAUACCAUUAUAAUGAAAACUUGAAUUAGAAAAUAGAGUAAAACAUCUGCAAAUUCUUCUCUUAAAUGAUCUUUCUCUUCUUCUUUCCAAUCUGAUAAUUCUUAGUUUUGGUACUUCACCCUUGCAUACAAAUUUCUCUGGUAGCUCUACUUCUCCUAUCAGAUAUAUUUUUCCCAAUCUCUUUCUUUAGCAAGAUCCACCACUUUCUGCCUCAAAACUUCAAAGACUAGCUAACAACACCAUCAACUGGAACUCCUGCCAUCUUUCUAUUUCUAUCUCUUCUCUGGUGCGCAGCAUAAGCAGGGCUGUAUGCUCAGAUUUAGGGGUUUGGAACUUUAAGGGCUUAUAUAAAAAUAGCCGUGUCUUGGAUUGAUAGGAUCUAGUAAGUUAUUGUACUACGUUUAUCUUCAAAAUGGCGAUCACUCGAAGUCGAAGAGCAUCCAGAGCACCCAGAACAAAUGUGUUUAUCUCUGGUGGAAACUUUGUCGCUUCUACUGGUGAUGAUGGAACUAAUGAAAUCGGUUGUAGACGGCCUCGAUUCUUCAUAAUAAUUCACAAUGCCAUAAUCCAAGAUGGAAAUUUGAAAAUCCCGCCAGAGUUCUUUAAGAGUUAUGGGGCCGAUUCUCACCAUGCAACCCUCGAAAUUCCAGAUGGUCUAACCUGGGAUGUUCAGUUGAAGAGAAACUCAAAUGGCGGCAACGCUGCUGUUAGCUUUCAAAUUUGUCAGUUAGCCCAAUUUUUUGAGUACUACUCCAUACGCCCAGGACAUGUUUUGUUAUUCAAAUACCAUGGAAAUUCUCAUUUCCAUGUUAUAAUAUUUGAUACAAGUGCUGGUGAAAUAAACUAUCCUGCUGAUAGUUCUAAUGAUGAAGCGCACUUUCACCGCUACCACGAAGGAGGGCCCUCUGAAAUCCAGAGCAGUGAAGAAGAAGAUUAUUGCGUUCAUGCUUCUACUGAUGAAGAUCAAUCAUCUGCAUCGUCGUUGUCAUCAUCAGAGGAAGAAGAAGUCAGAGUUGUUGGGAAGAACAAGAGGAAACAUGUGUAUUUGAGAACUAAAGAGGGGGAGGAUAGAGCGAGGAGAAGGACAAAACAGAGAGCAACUCUUAUCAGUGAUGAAUUCCAGUCCGAAAAUCCUUUUUUCACAAUCGCUCUACAGCCAUCUUAUAUGAAUCACAAAUACUUGCAUAUACCAGCUUCGUUCAAUGAGAAGCACAUGUUUAGCCACGGAAAGAAAAUCAAAGCUCAGGUUGAAGAUGGAAGAUUUUGGCUACUCGCAUUUCCCAAGGAUGAGGGUGGAAGGUUAACUAUUGGAGUUGCAUCAUUUUUGAAAGAUAAUGAUUUGGUUGUCGGAGAUAUCAUACUCAUGGAGCUAAUGAAGGAGAUGAAAUCCAAGUACCUUGAUGCUAAGGUUCAUAUCUUUCGCGCCUGAAAACUAUGUCCAAGUACCUUGGCUUAAACUACCUACUCUGAUUUCUAUAAAGUAGAAAUUCAAGUUGUUAUACUUGUGCACAGCAACAUACUUUUCUGACUAUUGGUUGCCCAAGUUAAUUAUAGAAUGUAGUGAUUAACAUGUUUUAACAACAGGUAGUUUGCUUUAUUAACCGUCUUCUUACUAAACUCAGUAACUACUCAACUGUUUUGGAGUUUGGGGUUACUU